AUGGUGGGCCAGAACUUCAGAGCAGCGUGCGGUGCCUCUGUUCACGCAUAUCGAAGAAAAGGAGCAGCUGCCGAGGGCAGAGGACACAAACAUGAGGAUGUGUGUGAGGACACACAGAAGGCAAUGGGAGGAGAUAGGGGAAGAGAUGUACAUCUGGAGACGCAAGGAGAGGUAUGGGAUGCUGUAGAUACAGGCUGCUGUUUAAAAACAUAUUCCUGUCACUCCUGUGCUGUUCGAGCUGCCCGGUGGUCAUCUUGUGGAAGAAGGAUCCUCAGUGGGGGCUUUGAUUCCAUGUUGCAUUUAACAGAUGUAGAGACAGGGAAGCAGAUAUUUAGCAGCAAAAAUGAAUUUAGGAUCAGCGCACUGAAGUUCCACCCUACAGAGUCAAAUAUUUUCAUUUGUGGAGGGUUCAGCCCAGAAGUUAAAGCUUGGGAUAUAAGGACUUCUAAGGUGUUAAGAGUGUACAAAGCUGCAGUACAACAGACAUUGGAUGUACUCUUUCUCCCUGAAGGAAGAGAAUUUCUUACAAGCACAGAUGCAGUAAGCCGGGACUCAGCUGAUCGUACCAUUAUUGCAUGGGACUUCCAAAGUGCUGCAAAAAUCUCCAAUCAAAUUUUUCAUGAGCGUUACACUUGCCCAAGUCUGACUCUGCACCCAAAAGAGUCUAUGUUUGUUGCUCAGACAAACGGGAACUACAUGGCUUUGUUUUCUGCCCAGCGACCUUACCGAAUCAACAAAAAGAAAAGAUACGAAGGACAUAAGGUGGAAGGAUUUGCAGUGGGCUGUGAAUUUUCUCCAGAUGGAACACUUUUGGUGACAGGAAGUUCAGAUGGCAAAGUGUUUUUCUACAACUAUCAUACUGCUAGGAUUAUUCGCACUUUGUCUGCACAUAAAGAAGCUUGUGCAAGUGCAAUAUUUCACCCAGUCUUGCCAUCGCUCCUUGCAACAUGUGAUUGGUCUGGAGAAAUCAAGAUCUGGCAAUAA